AUGAAUCUGGAAGAUCUGCGCAGGAAGGAUACUUUUCUCGAUUUUCUGAGGAACCGAGUCCAAUUUGGACCAUCGGCAUUCUUCUAUAUCGACAAAGAGUCGUGGAAGAUUGGGGUCCAUGCAAACGUACUCAAGGUGGCAUAUGUGGCUGACGCUGGAAUGCUGUUUACAAAGAAAGAAUCUUACCGUGGCUAUGGAGAAAUCAUUCUAUCGACAGAUGGAGAUAGAGCCACUUGGCUCAUCGAUACGCAACGAGCACUGAGUGUGCACGAGGGGCUCAUGACUUUGGAAGUCCAGGCGCGCGUCUAUAAGUUUCUAGCAGACUGCUGCUUGGCAAUUCUGCCUCAGAACCCAGGAGCGUUGGGUAAGUCUAGUGCCAAACUUGUUGAAAAGGUCGGCACACCUAUCCAAGCGUCCCAAUCCGGUGCCACUGGGGAAUUGCAAGCACCAUUGGGGACCAGCGUGGCCGAGAGAAUUGCUCUCGGGCCAUAUUCGCGGCCUGGAAGUUUGGAACUGAACCAGCUUGUCAACAUGCUGCAAGCAAGAAAGUCCUUUGCUGAACAUGAAGUUUGGCUGCUCAGAGAGGACCCGGGGCAUUUUGCGGCCAAGUUAGCAGAAUACGCGCUCCACCGGCCGGAGCAGCUUCUGGGCAGUGAGGAACAACGCCUUGAAAAACAAAGCGACCUCAAAGCCAAUCCCAGAUUGAAGACUCCCGAGUUUUGGAAUUCCGUUCUUCAGUCAUUGAUCCCAGACGCUUUUUUCGGGGUUGUCUUUUGGAAUGAUCUUCACGACAGUAUCGUGAAGCUACGAGAUCUACUUGAAGAGCAACAGGCUGCAAUUGACACCACGAAGGACCUGCCGAAACCUCUCGAGAUUGGAUUCUCUGAGUUGUGGCUCAAGCUUGUCGAUUCAAUUUGUGAAGCCAGUGUAAAUUUGUUUACUCUUGUGCCGACUUGCCCAAAGUUGAGACACAAAUUCCGGGUGCACCUUGGUGCCGAUACCCAACAGCCCCUGUUCAGGGAGGCAGAUCAACUCGCCCAUCCGUCGAAUGCCGACUGCAGAGAAUUGCUGCAGUAUCUUGUUGGGAGAAUACUGCAUCCGCACCUACGUCACUAUCAAAUGACUCCAAUCCUUGCAGAGGAAAUGGCGCGUUACAUGGAGAACAACCCUGCGAAAGCCAAGUACCUAACAUCAUUUUGCAUGGAACAAAUAUCAGACAUAUUGCUGCUUGCAGACUGUUGGAACCGAAUAUCUCUAUUCCACCCUUGGGCGACAGCCUUUAUGUCUACCGCGGGCAAGAGGGUCCAAGAAGUUGGCCACCCUGCGCAGGCACUCACAAGACUCCGCACACAACUCCAGGCCGAUCUCAUGAGCGAAGAUUGGAAUCCAUUCAGCGGGCACUUUUACCAAGAACAGCUCUCAAUUAUCUGGCCUGGUGGCCAGCCUUCUCGGGAGUACACGGUUAGAAGGCAGACAUCCGAAAAAUUGUUGGACAAGUUUUGGGAGAAAGUUGAUUCGAUUGUGCAGCCAGUGGUUGAUCAAGUUCCAAGUUCUGCAAAGGGAUCUUUGCGAGCCCCUUCACCAGGAACGCUUGCGCGCGCCAACUGGGUUGCUGUAGCGCCAGAGCCAGCACCAGCAACCCAUGUAUCUGAACGUUCAUGGGACACGACAGAAAUAGCAACAAAGCCGAGACCAGGACCUUCAGCAAGAAAGCCCAAAAAGGAGAAAACUCGCGGUACAGCUGAUCCAUCCAGAGCCGUAUCAGAGAAACAGGGAGCGGCACGGCAGGCAGCUCCCGCACCUGAACAAGUUAAGUUCCUAGUCAAAAAGGAAGACUUCGAAGUCUUCAGUGCGUUGUUUCGCAUCCCAGAAGAAGAGCCAGUGAAAGAGCUCUCGUGGAGAAAACUGGUUCAGGCCAUGGGAAGAUUGGGCUUCUCGAUCGAGAAGAAUUGGGGAUCGAUGUGGGUAUUCACACCCCCGGCCAACCUGGGAGGUCACGCUGUGACCUUCCAUGAUCCACACCCCAAGAACGCGCAACCUCUUCGUCUUGUACGGGUUAUGGGCAAGCGAUUGACCCGAAUUUUCAACUGGGACGGGUCUAUGUUCGAGCUGGAUGAGUGA